AGGUUUUUAAAAGCAAGGAAGUUUGACCUUGAUAGAACAGUCCAGAUGUGGAAAGAAAUGCUCAACUGGAGGAAUGAGUACAGAGUGGAUUAUAUUUUACAGGAAUUUGUAUUUGAUGAAUAUGAAGAGGUUCAGCAUUAUUAUCCUCAUGGUUACCACAGUGUAGACAAAGAGGGACGACCUGUUUACAUUGAAAGACUUGGAAAAGUUGAACCUAGUAAGCUGAUGAGUGUCACCACAGUGGACCGGUUUUUGAAAUAUCAUGUUCAGGGGUUUGAGAAGGCAUUUGCUGAGAAAUUUCCAGCCUGCUCUAUUGCUGCCAAGAGGCAUAUUGUUUCAACAACAACAAUUUUGGAUGUGCAAGGGCUGAACUGGAUGAGUUUUGGCAAGGUUGCCCAUGAUCUCGUUAUGCGCAUGCAGAAAAUUGAUGGUGACAACUAUCCUGAGACUCUACAUCAGAUGUUCAUCGUUAAUGCUGGCAGUGGAUUCAAACUUCUAUGGAACACAGCAAAAGGUUUUCUUGACCCAAGGACAACCACAAAGAUACAUGUUUUAGGAAACAAAUUCCAGAAUAAACUGUUGGAAGUUAUAGAUUCAAGCCAAUUGCCAGAUUUCCUAGGUGGAACUUGCUUAUGCCAAAAUGAAGGUGGGUGCCUCAGAUCUGAUAAGGGACCCUGGAAUGAUCCAGCAAUAAUGAAACUGGUAAAUGCCAGAGGAAUAUCAUAUGUGAGGAAGGCUAAUAGUUUUUCUGAUGGUGAUGAUUCGGAAAUCAAGCUACUUGCCUAUAAGAUUGCAGGUGGUGAUAUAUCUUCUGCUGAGUCAGGAUCAGAUGUUUGGCUAAGUACUUCUCAAAUUGUGCAAGUAAUGCCGCACCGUAACAAAGAAAGGAUGAGGGAUCCGGCAUCCAUCCACGGCCUGGUUCAACCAGUUGAUGCAGCUGCCAGAACUGAAGAUGUUGGUUCAAUAAAUCAUACUAAUAGUGUAACACGAAGAGAUCAGCUGAAGUUCAUUCCCCAUGUAGCAAAUUUAAUCGUUCACUUCAUAGUCAAAUUAUUAGCAUGUAUAUUUCUUAUACUCCCAGGAUUAGGGAGAUUUUUCGAGGUAAAAGGUGCAAAGAAAGAGUUAGGAAACAAGUGCAAACCUCAGCUGGCAGGUGUGCAUUCUCAAGAACAGCAUACAUUGUGUGGUAUAGAGGAGGACCAACUACAUCCAUGUUUGCAGAGACUGCAAAAUUUAGAAGCUUCAGUAACUGAAUUGUUUAAAAAGCCUACAAGAAUUCCUCCAGAGAAAGAAGACAUGAUUCAUGAGUCACUGAGUCGUAUUAAAUCUAUAGAAUAUGACUUACAGAAGACAAAGAAAGUGCUGCUUGCAACAGCAUCAAAACAAGUGGAGUUGGCAGAGUCUCUAGAAAGUUUGAAGGAGAACAACUCAAAAGGAACAAAUUCUUGUUGGCUGAGGAAAUGCAACUCUUCCCACCAUGAAAGAUGAACACCAUUGCUGGAAGACACAAGUUCUUUUUUUUUUUUUCUCUCAAGUUGAACUCGGACAAAUGACGGCCAAUAACAACCUGUUUCCAGCUCCUGAAUGAUUUUGAUGGGUUGCAUUCACUCUAGGUUUGAGUUGGUGAUCGAAAGUAAUUACUCAACAGGUCUCGGAUCCAUUUUUUUCAGAAAGAUAAAAUAGCAGUGAGUGCAACGCUGGCUGAAAAUUUCCUCCAUGUUUUUGUACAUAGUUUGAUAUUUCAUCCUUCAUAUUCAGUGCGAAAAGCAUAUUUACAAAACCAUAGGCUUGUUCAGGGCAAAUUUUGGUAUGUAAAACUUAAAUUGUUGUUAUUUAUCUGUUAUUAAUCUUUCAUCUUAUAGCCUAAA